AUCCGGAUCCGCCCAGCCUGGCGUCACGGGCACCGACAAGAUGGCCGAGAGUUCGGGACGAAAGUGAGAGGGGGGAAACAACAACACUGGCGGGCGAUCCUCGGCGCGGAUGCCGGAGCUGUAGCCGGAGACGAGUCGGUGCAAAGUGAAGAAUAAACCGCGGGGGGAUCGCUGCACCCAAGCCUCCGCUCCGUGGCUGACAUCUGCGGCAUGCAGGCGGAUCCAGCUCCCAGUCCGUCCGCUGACAACGUUCGUCAGGUCGGCUAGCAAGCGAGCUAACCAUGCUAGCUAGCUGACAAGCCCGUCAGCGAGAGAAUCCGCGAGCACAAAGUGACAGUUUGGCUCAUUGGGAUAAAAAAUCUGUUGUUGGAUCCUCGUUUCUGCAACGUGGACUUUGCUGCAGCAGCAUGUUUCCCCUGAGUUUGGAUUCAACCCGCUAGCUAACGCAUAGCAUCGGUUAGCAAGCUAACAUUGCGGAUUUCUCCAGGGUUAGCAUUAGCUAGCAGCAGCCCGUUAGCUUGCUCAGCUGUUUUUUGGGGGACUUGGGUUGUUCCGACGCAGGAGAAGGAGCUCCGGUGUGUGUGGAGGACAUUUCCUUCUCCUAAAAGCACCACCCCCCACGGGUCUGGGUAAACUGGUCCUGGAGGGUUGCUGACAUUCAGCGGGACUGUGCACAGAGGUGAAGCCGGGGAGGAGCUCAGCGCUGCGGCCGCCGGACGAGGCGCACAUCCAGGCAGCAGUAGCACCAUGGCCCAUUCUCCCGUCCAGGGACACCUGCCAGGGAUGCAGAAUACCAAAGCGGACCCGGAGGAGCUGUUCACCAAGCUGGAGCGCAUUGGCAAGGGUUCGUUCGGCGAGGUGUUCAAAGGCAUCGACAACCGCACGCAGAAAGUGGUGGCCAUCAAGAUCAUAGACCUGGAGGAGGCCGAGGACGAGAUCGAAGACAUCCAGCAGGAGAUCACAGUGCUGAGCCAGUGUGACAGCCCCUUCGUCACCAAGUACUACGGCUCCUACCUGAAGGACUCUAAGUUAUGGAUCAUUAUGGAGUAUCUAGGAGGAGGCUCAGCAUUAGACUUGAUGGAGCCUGGAUCCUUGGACGAGACCCAAAUCGCCACCAUCCUGAGGGAGAUCCUGAAGGGCCUGGAGUAUCUGCACUCGGAGAAGAAAAUCCACCGGGAUAUCAAAGCCGCCAAUGUGCUGCUGUCCGAGCAAGGGGAGGUAAAGCUGGCAGACUUCGGCGUGGCCGGCCAGCUCACCGACACCCAGAUCAAACGCAACACCUUCGUCGGCACGCCCUUCUGGAUGGCACCCGAGGUCAUCAAGCAGUCGGCCUACGAUUUUAAGGCUGACAUCUGGUCUCUAGGCAUCACGGCCAUCGAGCUGGCGAAAGGCGAGCCGCCGCACUCAGAGCUCCAUCCCAUGAAGGUUUUAUUCCUCAUCCCAAAGAACAACCCGCCGACACUGGAGGGAAACUACAGCAAACCGCUUAAGGAGUUUAUCGAGGCCUGUCUCAAUAAAGAGCCCAGUUUUAGACCAACUGCCAAAGAGCUGUUGAAGCAUAAGCUGAUUGUUCGCCAUGCGAAGAAGACCUCGUACCUGACCGAGCUGGUGGACAAGUACAAGAGGUGGAAGGCAGAGCAGUCUCGAACCACAGAGUCCAGUUCUGAUGAGUCUGACUCAGAGCAGGAUGGCCAGGCGUCGGGAGGGAACGACUUUGGCAGUGAUGACUGGAUCUUCACCAUCCGAGAGAAGAACCCCAAGAAGCUGCAGAAUGGGGAGGGCCAGUCGGGGGCCGCAGAUCAGACGAAAGACAUUCCAAAGAGGCCUUAUUCACAGAGCCUGGCCACAGUCAUCACUCCUGCAUUAGCUGAGCUGAAGGCGAGACAGGAGCAGGUGAACGGGAACCCCAUGGUCCUGGACGAGUUGAGGGAGGCCAUCCUGCUGGCUGAGGAGUCCUACCCCAGCAUCUCCGACUCCCUGGUGGCCCACAUGGUCCACAGGCUGCAGAGCUUCUCCACAAGCAGAACGUCCUCCUCCUCCUCCCCAUAGUGAUUCGCUCUCUGCUACCCGCCCUGCUCUCCCAGGCCCACCCCCCCCAACACCACAGCCAGUUCAGAGGGUUUAAAGUCAGGGGGUCAACGCAUUCAAUACCAGUUGACCAUGUUUGAACUCCCGGGUGUGGGGAGGGGGCCACCAACCCAGCCUGUAAAAAAAAAAAAAAGACUGAACUCUGAAGCGGAAGAUACUUUGGAGAGCUUCUUUUUGCCUCUUAAGACAGGGGGGGCAGCAGAACCCCCCUCGUGGAUUUGGCUGUGACUCAAAAGUCGGCUCAACCCGCCGGGAAAAACGACAACAGCAGCCAAGUCGGACUCUGGGCUCUGGACUCAGAGUUUGCUCAGCAAGGAGCUGAAGAUCUCCCCCUAAAACCCAGACGAGACUGGAGUCCCCUUCUGAAUGCAGGCGUCAUAUCCCCAGAACCUCUGAAAGCAUGCUUGAUGAACCUGCAGGGAUAUCAUCUGAGUGUGCAAGCUGCGUGUGUGCGUCUGCGAGUGUGCGUGCGUGCAUGUGUGCUCUUGCGUAUGUAAGACUCCCUGUUUAGGCAAAUUGCAGCAUUCUUAAUGAAACCUCAGGUAAAGUGCUUUAAGUGGACUUUGUCCUCCGAGGCAGUGCGAGGAGGAGGAUGGGGGAGGGAGGGUGUCGCCAUGCUGUACAUGAUUACAAGUCGUCAUUGCGGGAAAUGAAUCACUGUGUACAAAAUGGUCAUGCACAUUUUGUUGAUAUUGAUAAUGUUUAAAAGUAGAUAUUUAAAGAUUUCAAGAGUUACUCCGACGGAACAGAAAAUGCCUUGCCUUUAUAAGAUACACACACACACACACUAUGUUCUGGCAUUUCAUCACACACUUUUUAUUUACUCGUCGGUGAGUGAGACUCAGUUCAGUAUUCAUCAGUGUUUUGUCUCGGGUGUGACCGAGCUCCGAUCUCUCAUUUCAAUCACCUGCUGAAUCAUUAAACUAACUCUGAUACUAAGCUGAUUUUGUUUAGAGGCAGAAACUUUUCCUUAGUUUUUGUAGUCAGGGAGGGGAGCUCCUUCCUGUGCUGAUGUUUAGACAAUUUAAGUCAGUUUUUAAAUUGUUUAGGACAAGAAUGAAGGUCGACGUGUCAGCAGCGGCUCUUAAUAACAACACAGGAACCACUAUGGUUCGAAAGGUGAUAUCAUGUGAAGUAUUAUUUUUCCGUUACGUUACUUGCAAAGCUAAAGUGAGGGCUGAGGACCGUCGCAGGCAAUCUCAUCAUGACACUCGCUCAUGGCCAAACUAAACCGUAUAUCAGGACACGCCAAGCUGCAGAAACCAACGCCAUCCAGAUCCCCUCGCUCCAGACGUGCGUGCUCUGACUUCCACGCCAUGCUAUAGAAGUGCCAUGUCCUCUUUUACGCUUUCACCAGAUGUUUGUAGUAUGAUUUGCACCUUUUUUUUUUUUCUCUCCUAAGUUUCAGAUCAGUUUUUUUUGCACUUUGAAAGUGUGUCGAGUAUUUAAAGAAAAACUGUAAGAGGAGGAAAAAAGAACCACAAAACGAAAAAAGUUGCUAAUAGCCAUGUUUUACUAUAUAUGUUUACUUAAGAGUUCCAGAAUUUUACUACUGUGCUAACGCAGCAAUAAUGUUGAGGAGUUGCAUCAAGACGCACUUGUCAACACAGGGAUUGAAAGAAAUUAAGAAAUAUCUGAUAUUUUUAUAACUGCAAAGAGUUAAGUAUGGAAAUAUGGAAUGCUUUAUGGAUAUGGGCAAAAAAUAUCUAUACCUUACAGAAAAACAUAUGCUACGGAAAUAACUACAAAAAUGUGUACAUUUGGUCUCCUUUAUCAUAGCUGACAGUUUAUAGUACUGUAUAUAAUCUUUGCUUGUGUCAUUUGAGAAUUCCCAAGUUAAAUGUAAGCUCCUUGUAAGCUUUCAAAGUGACAUGAGAAAUAAAGAUCUAAUGGUAACAGAA